AUGACUAGCAACGUCAGCGUCCCCCGUACAGCACUCUCUCCCGUCUCUGUCGCCGGCAGUGACUGGUCCGGAAUCUCGAAAUACCAAUCCGGCUCAGACCUCUACGGCCCCGGGGGUGCCCCUCAGCGCAACAACUCAAACAGUGGUAUGCUCGGUGAUGGGGGGAACGGAGGGGGCGGCAAUCCGCGUACAGUGUCCCCGCCAGCAUCAAUAGCUCGCUCCUCUGAUGGCGCAGGCCUCUACGCACAAAGCGAGACGUCGUCUCUCAAGGGUAUUAUUCAGGAGGAGGAAGUCGCGGUCCAUCACUCUGCGCUGAAAAAACUGUUACAGCCGUACCUUGCACAGCAGCAGCUCAGUGGGCGCCCGAAUAAGGCGCGCGACAAGCUUCUCCGGUUAUCCGUGAUUCAGUUUCAGGAGCUGUCGACGGACGUCUACGAUGAGCUACAACGCCGCGAGGCGAACGCGCUUCCGGGCGGCGGCGAUCAACCACCGCAUCUCCUGCCCAAGGACAAGUUCCACCCUAAGCGGAACCAGGCUCGGCAGAAGCUCUCAACGCUCGCAAUGGAGCGCUUCAGGGAUCUCGCGACGGACGUAUACUACGAGCUUGAACGACGAUUCCCACAAUUUGGAGACGGAAGCGGAAGCCCGACUGCUGCAAUAAUGAGCUUGAACGGACUUCCCCCGAACCGUGUGGGGAGCCCCGGUCCCGGGCGUUCCGGGAGUCCAGGGCCUGGAAUGAUGCCGCCAGGGCGAGUUGGAAGUCCUGGGCCAGGUCGUGUGGGAUCUCCUGGGCCACGGAAUGGACCGCCACCAGGCGGAUACGCGGCGUAUAAUGGGGGUGGGGGUGGACCGCCGCGAAUGGGAUCUCCGGGAAUGCCGCCGAGGAAUGGGCCAAUGUCCCCGCAAGGGGCGUUUGGCAGGCCGCUCCCAAAGACAUACCAAGCCGGGAAUCUCAUCCCGAAUAAGAGUACUAUGGUGGAAGAUGAUGAUGAUGGGCUUGGAGACGACUCGGAUCACGAGGGCGCUUUUGGACUCGAGGAUCGAAGGUCAAAUGGUAUGAAUGGUAUGAAUGGUAGGGCCCGGAUGAAACGGGAUAGUAAUAGGAGUAUGAGUAGUCUGAGGAAUGGGGUUGGGGCUGGGAGUGAGAGAAUUGUUUCCGAAUACAAGAGUAAAAUUGAAACCCUGCAGGAUAAAGUAUCAGCGCUCGAGGGUAGGCUAGAUGACAAGAACCGCGAAAUCUCGGAAUUAAAGAAUGGCGAGAGACGAAGAGAAAGCACUCUGAAUAUCGAACUUGAGGGAAAACUGGCAGAGGCACAGAAUCUCAACAAAAGCUUACAGGAGGAAAUCUCACGUCUUAAGGGAGAUGCCGCUGGUGGAGGCGGGGGAGCAGGCGGGGACAAGAAAUAUAGCGAGCUUGUACAGGAACAUGAGCAAUUGAAAGCGGAAUUGCGGGAACAGGAAGAAGUCACAGAAGAAGUCCGCCGCGAGGCAAUGGAGUUCCUGAACCAGAUGAAAUCUAUCUCUGAGCGCGCCGACAACUUUUACGAAAAAGAAGAACGCAUGCACGCCGACUACCAAAAACUACAAGAUGAGGUCAAAGAAUGGAAAGCCCGUUACGCUCGCACCAAGGCAACGCUCCGAAAUCUCCGCACAUCAUCAAUUGGCCUCGUUGUUCCGUCCCCAGCCAACAUGACCAGCGGAUUCUCAGACCCCAAUGGACUUGUGAAGGAUGUUCACAUUACAAAAUUCCAGAUCGCGAUAGAUGAGCUUUUGCGCACCGCACGAGGCGCCAACUGUUCGCAGACCCUCGAUUUUGUGAAGGGCGUUGUGGUGGCUACUAGAGCGAUCAUGGAGAACGUAGAAGACUCGCCGAAUGACGAUCGUGGGAAAUUGAAGGCAAGGGUAUCGGCCACAGCGAAUAACCUGACAACCGCAGCAAAGAAUCAUGCAUUGAGUCAGGGGCUGUCGCCGGUGUCUUUGGUGGAUGCCGCCGCGUCGCAUUUGUGUGCAAGUGUGGUAGAGCUGGUCAAGGUCGUGAAGGUUAGGACUUCGGUGGGAGGUGAAAUAGAUGAAGAGGACGAUGGUGAGGACGAGAUCAGGUCCCCGGAUUCGCCAAACAUGAAUGGCAUGUUUGGAGGCAAGCUACAUCCUGAGAACGGCAACCAACAGCAGCAGCAACCAAUGCAGAAUGGAAAUGUGAAUGGAAACGUCCAACAACAACAGCAGCAGCAGCAGCAACAGCCGACACCACAAAUUCAGCAAAACCGUCUCAGUGGUGAGAGCGUCUACAGUCCCCUUGCCUCCCCACGCUCCUCACACAACGGCGAGGAAGGCCUUCAAUUCCCCCCGCAAGACGCUAAAGGCCGAAACGGCUCCGUCGGUGGCCGUGCCGGUGGUACAUGGGGCGACAUCGCACCCUCUCUUGCAGGUGUUGGCAGCCCGCCCCGUCAACCCCCAUUCCACGGGCUCCGCGUCCCCGAUAAUAGCAACGUCGAAGAACUACGGGUCUCACUCGAAACGCAAACCGAGGGCAUCGUCGAGAACAUCCAGCACCUGCUGUCCUCAAUCCGUGCCGGCGAUAGCAUGGAGACGCUGAAGGGCCACGUCGAGCAGAUCGCGAGCGUGGUUGACAAGGUGGUCAAGAACACCGAGGACGCGAUGGAGCUGAGCGGGAACGAGAGGCUCCGAGAGAGGGGCGACUGGAUCGUGUCGAACCUGGCGGGGUGCGCGGGUAAGAUGAGGGCUGCGACGAACGGCCCCGUGCCUGCGGAUGGACCCGCGGAUAAGGAGUUUAGGGGAGGGCUGGCGGCUCUGGCAUUUGACCUAGCGAGGGAGACGAAGGAUUUGGUGAGGACGGUGGAGGAGAUUAGUGAUGAGUCGAGGAGGCCGGGGGGUAUCAGUGUGGAUGAUCUAAGGUAG